AGGAUGAAUUGCUUUUUCCUUUCUUUUUUCUUUCUUUCUUCUUCCUUAUCCGCGCAUUUGCUCUUUUCCUUUUCCCCGAUGCUCUGCCCCCCGACCCUCUGCACCCGACGAGUCCCCCCAAACUACCGCCACCCAUUUUCCGGCCGGAAAUCCGGCAAAGCUUGGGGAUUUCUCCCUAUUUUCUUGUCUUAGAACACCUGUUGAACCCAGAAAAUCCCAGAUCUGCGUCUUUCCCCCCUCUGCUGUCCGUCGGCUUCAACUUGUGGGUUUGAAAUUUCUGGGCGUUUUUCGCCGUGAGUUUUCCCCCAUGGGUCCCGUCGACUUCCUCACCAGCCAAGCUCGGGUUCUGCUAGCUGGAAUUCUGGUUUUGAUCGUUCUGUCACCGUAGCACUUGGGUUAGCCUUCUAUUCUGUGCGAGUGAGGUAAGUAAAUUAUGGUAAAGCCCUUCGAUUUUAAAGCAUGUUUUCAAUUGUUUUUGAGAUGGUGGCAAGGUUUAAAUUGAUUUUAAAUUGAUUUUAUCAGUAUUUGAGUGUGAUUAAACUGAAAUGGAAAUAAUGAUGAUUUUAUGGGAAUUUCAUUGUUUUUUUUUCUGGAAUUGAGCAUGAUUGGAAUGAAAUUGUUUUUGUUGCAUUGAGUUGAGCAUGCCUAUUUGGAAUUGACUGAACUGUUUUGAUUGGAAUGAGAGUUGUAAAUGUUGAGCUUUCUGUUAAAUCCAUGGUCACAUGGAAAUUCUUCGGUUUAUGUCUGAGAUUUGAGAUUGAUUGUGAAUGAUGAAUUUUUCUGGAAAUCCUGCAUGGUUUUGUCUCGGAUAUAGUCAUGAUUACUGACGCCCGCUAGUGGGAGCUAUAAACGCUAGCACAUGUCGACAUGUAUUUCUGUAGAACCGGUUCACCCUGCCAAUGGGGUUAAACACUGGCACUACCUGACGCCUGCCAACGGGAGUGUGUUAAACACUGGCACUACCUGACGCCUGACAGCGGGAGUGUGUUAAACACUGGCACUAUUCCUGACGCCUGCCAGUGGGAGUGUGUUAAACACUGGCACUAUUCCUGACGCCUGCCAGUGGGAGUUUGUUAAACACUGGCCAUGACUUAUAGAUGAGACUACUGAACUGAAUCCGAUUUCCGCAUUAAUGGUUUAUCAUUAAAAGUUUUGUUAUACUUACAUGGUUUAUCUGGCAUGCUAAAAGUUUUACCCAAGGGCUAUCCAUAUUUACUUACUGAGUUUAUCUCAUAGUUUUUCCUUGUCCACCAUUUCAGGAAGCAAAACCGAGGACGGAGAAACCGAGGGGAGUGACGAAUUAGAAGGCUAGCCAUUCAAUUCGGGUAUAAGUUUUAGAUUUUAUCAUCCUUUUGUAAGGUUGAUUUUAUUCAUGAGAUUUUGUGAUUUGGAUAAGUUCCGAGCCUUGUGCACUUGUGGGAGCCGUCUCACGAGUGCACGGCGUCUGCCA